AUGACCCAUCUCGCAGAGUAUACUUUCCACGACGCGAUUGCCGCCGUCAAAUCCGGCGAGCCUCUUGCGCAAGUCACUCAGAAACUCCUUUCCCAGCUCACCACAGACGAACGCCUCGCUCUGCUUGAUGGAGACGUCGAGUUCUGGCCCGGGCUCGGCUCCAUCCUCCGUGAUCGCUACAAUCGAACUCCAUACGUGCAUGGCGCCGUCCCCCGGUUGCGCAUCCCAGGGAUAAAAUUCACGGAUGGCCCUCGUGGGGUAGUUAUGGGGAAUUCCACCGCAUUCCCUGUGUCGAUGGCUCGUGGCGCAACGUGGGACCUGGAGCUUGAGCGUCGCAUUGGAGACGCCAUCGGACUCGAGGCCAAAGCGCAGGGCGCCAACUACUUCGCCGGCGUGUGCGUGAAUCUCCCGCGCCACCCUGCUUGGGGUCGCAUCCAGGAGACUUACAGCGAGGAUCCCCUCCUCCUGGGUGAAUUUGGACUGGCUCUGACGCAGAGUGUGCAAAACCAUGUGAUGGCAUGUGUCAAGCACUACGCCCUGAACUCGAUGGAGAAUGCCCGUUUUCGGGUGGAUGUGAGCAUCGAUGAGUCGGUCCUGCACGAAGUGUAUCUGGCACACUUCCGACGGAUCGUCGAGGGUGGUGCGGCGGCAGUAAUGUCGGCCUACAACUCGGUCAAUGGCGAGUGGGCUGGGCAGAACAAGCACCUUCUCACUGAGAUACUGCGUGAGCAGUGGGGGUUUGAUGGCCUCGUCAUGUCGGACUUUAUCUUUGGGCUUCGCGAUGCUGCGAAGUCGGUAAGGAAUGGUCUGGACAUUGAAGCGCCGUUUAGACAGCAGCGAGCCAUGCAUUUGGGGACAUCGCUUGAGCGUGGAGAUUUAUCAUGGGAUGAUAUCGAUCGGUCGUGCGAAAGGAUCUUGCGGAAAGAGCUCGAGUUUGCCGUCAAGACUGAGAAUAGCCAGCCUGGUGCUGAUGUUAUCUUCUGCGACAAGCAUAGAGCUCUCGCACGCGAAGCAGCCGCACGGUCUAUGGUGCUUCUGAAGAACGAUGCCGUGGAUGGAAGCCCCAUUCUACCUCUCAAUGCGGCCUCCCUUUCGCGGGUCGCUGUUGUUGGACGGCUUGCUAACAUCGCCAACACUGGUGACAAGGGCUCAUCGCAAGUGUUUCCACCGAACGUCGUGACGCCACUUGAUGGCAUCCGAGCUUCUUUGCCUGGUGUUGAGGUUUUGUUUGCCGACUCUCAAAAAGAGGCAGAGACUUUAGCUACCCAGGUAGAUGCUGUGAUCUGCAUCGUUGGCUAUACCCAUGAAGAUGAAGGGGAAUACGUUAUCCCAGCCCUGCUGGAGAAUCCUGAUCUUCAAAAGGUCCUUCCACCUCCUCGAAAUGAUGAAGAGCGUAAGACUCUGGCUAUAUUACAGGGAAAACUGAACCCCGGGAGCGAGGGUGGUGUCGAAGCAGGGGCAGGUGGUGAUCGUGUCUCGCUACGGCUUCGUGAAGAGGACGAAAAUCUCAUCGCCGCCGUGGCGGCACGCAACCCCCGUACCGUGGUGUCAAUCAUCACUGCAGGCGCUGUCAUUGUCGAGUCAUGGAAGAACAAGGUUCCGGCGAUCAUGAUGAGCUGGUACAGUGGUUCUGAAGGAGGGCAUGCCCUAGCGGACGUUCUUCUUGGGAAGACCGAUGCAAGCGGACGACUGCCAUUUUCCAUCCCAACGGAAGAGGCACACCUGCCUUUCUUUGACCGGGAUGCUUCAGAGAUCUCUUACGACCGAUGGUUUGGACAGCAUCUACUGGACAAGCUGGGGGUGAGAGCGGCGUUUCCCUUUGGUUGUGGACUUUCGUACACCACUUUCAUUGUGAGUGAAGUGACUGUCCGCAAAGAGGAUUCUGAACAUAUCGAUGUUCAGUUUGUCGUUAGGAAUACUGGAGAGAGAGAUGGACGGUUCAUCGCACAAGUGUAUGGCCUGCCUGGGUGCGAGGACUUUCCCACUCGUUUGCUACUAGGGUUCACCCCGGUUGAUUUGGAGGCGGGUCAAACGCUGAAGUGCCAGGUAUCCGCUUCCCUUCGGCCUUUGCAACAAUGGAAAGAUGGGAAAUGGAGUCUCCGGACUCAUGAGCUCGAUGUUGAAGUGGCGAGAUUUGCUGGAGAUGAAGAUGCUGCAACAGCACGCGCGGUGCUGUGUUGA